UAAGAGACUCCUCUUCUUUGUUUAAGUCAUUUUUUGGUUUUCUAGUGAAAGAUGGACUUGACUUGCUUCUUACUUCUGUGUUCGACUUUCUGAACAAAAACUACUUUCCAAUGACCACAUCAGUACGCAAAGUUCAUGCACCACCAUAUAGCAGCUAUGUUCUUAUUUGAGUUCAUCUCCUUUUUUUUCCUUUCUUUAAUUUUGCUUCAGUUAUUGCUAUGCUGCAGAAUUUGUUUGGAACUGAACUCUGUUCAGGACGAAGCUUAUAUCUGUUAUCAUUAUGCCAAGUAUUAAUUCUUUUUUCCUGGGGUGGGUGUACCUCACGAGUUCUCUUGUCAAAGCUUGAACUUUAGCAGAUUGGGUGGCACGACAACUCUGCUUUAUAGACUAAGUUCAUGUUCGCAGAUUGUUCCAAUAACAAAUCAUGCCUUCCCCUUACUUACUUUCCACAUUAUUGUUAUGAUUCAGAUGUCGUAUCGCCCUCGCAGUACCACAUGUAGAAUAAACUGAAACUUUCAUACUUCUUCAUAGAAGUGUUCAAUUGAUCCAGCUUAUGAAGAAGAAAAUCACAUAAAACACCACUCGGUUCUCAUCAGUAUAUCCAUGGCAUCUACUUGGACAUCGACGGCGACAAUUUUACCUUCUAUUUCCUCAUCAACUUAUGCAUCAGUGAAUUUGAAUUGUUGGGUAAGAACAUGUAAACAAAGCAAGUUUGGAAAAGAGGCGAAUUCAGCUCCUCCCAGAAGUUGGACACUUGCAGCACGAGUCCAAUUUCGUCUCAGAAAGAGCGAACUACAUGUCAACCUAGUCAAAUCAGCGCAGAAUGUGAAGCAUGAAAAUGACACGGCACUUCUUCCUGAGGGGAAAAUCACCAAGCCUCCGCAUUUCAGUAGUGUGCUUCUUUCCAUUAUCAACAGGGUAGCUAAGUCAGUAUCAAUACUUUCUUAUAUAAAAGGUAGGCAACGCGACAUUAAACUCAACCUGUUCGAGGGAAGAAUGCUGCAGGGUGGGCUUGUUUUCCGCCAAAGUUUCCCGGUUAGAUCAUACGAGGUAGGCACUGAUUAUAGAGCAACCAUGGAGGCCCUAAUGAGCUACUUGCAGGAAACGGCACUGAACCACUGCAAGAGCGUGGGGUUACUGGCUGAUGGUUUUGGUUGCACACCAGAGAUGUAUAAAAGGAACCUAGUGUGGGUGAUACGUCGGAUGCAGAUCGUGGUCGAUACCUAUCCUCUCUGGAACAGUGUUAUUGAAGUAGACACUUGGACAUUUGCAUCUGGGAGGAACGGUUUGCGGCGAGAGUGGUUCAUUCGUGAUCCGAAAACCGGAAAAACCAUGGCUAAAGCAAUAUGGGAAACAGUCAUGAUGAACAAGGAAACAAGGAGACUCUCAUAUUUCAAAGAGGAGAUAAGAAGGGAGAUAGACGUUCAUACAGUGAACUGCAGUCCUAUCGUCGAUAUGGACGACGCGAAACUGCGGCGACUCGAUGCAGGGACAGCAGAUUACGUUCGAACAGGGUUGGCUCCAAGAUGGAACGAUCUGGACGUCAACAAUCACGUGAACAAUGUCAAGUACAUCAACUGGAUUCUUGAGGGCGUUCCUUACUCGAUACUGGAGAACUACGAGCUUCACGCCGUGAAUCUAGAGUACCGGAGAGAAUGCUGGAGAGAUAGCUUGUUGCAGUCCCUAUCGACUUUGGUAAGAGAUGGCCCUGGACACUCCGAGGAGAACGGAGGGAUUGAAUUUGAUCACCUGCUGCUUCUUGAAAAUGGAAUAGAGAUCGCACGGGCCAGGACCAAAUGGAGGCCGAGAAUCGCCGAAGUGCCGAGGACUCACCUCGGAUGUCGGGAGGAGUCAGCUCGAUCUCAAGGUCGACAUCAGGCAUAACUAACGUAUCCUGGGGAUUUCACCUGACGAGAUCAUACAGCUCGUCAUAUCAAUGCUGUUCUGUCAGGACUGCUUAAACAGAAACGAAAAAGGAAAUGAGGAAAUUUCAAUUGGCGUAGUACGUUUCACGUGUAUCAUGAAGAGAGAAUCCAUUCACAAUCUCGGCCAGCGCCAAUGAGAUAGCUACUGCUUAUCUUUCUUGAGCAAACAACAACCUUGCCGGUGAACCAGCCAUGUUUCAACUAGUCAUAUGCACCUUUCGUUUUCCUUUUGUCUUAGAAGUUCAGUUUUGUUUAACAUAAAACUAUAGAAGUGAAGUUAAAAACCGUCCCAAUCCGUAGUGAUCAGGUGUCCUGCUAAAUUUUGGCAUCUCUACCGACAUCGAUAUGAUGGAGGCGCCUGAAUAUCCAAAAGGUGAAAUUGUCUCGUGAUGGACCAAAGCGUUUGUUUCCGCACAUUGGGUGUAGCCUUACGCGUUGCAUAUGGACGGGGUGGUUGUGCGUGCGUCCGAGUUAGAAGUUCGAAUUAUCCGGGUCAUUAAAUAGAAAAGAAAAGCCCGUGUAAACAUUUCUUUUUCAGAGAGGUUAAGCAACAGCCAUUCAUCAAUACCAAUUCUUGUAGGUUCAUGCAAAUUUUUAUUGA